CUGGUCGGCGAGCUAGGAGGAGGGGACAAUCCCGAACCUAGCUCACUCCUGCGCCCGCGUCCGCUCCGCCGCGUCGCUCGUCCGCUCCGGGUCCGAUGAAACUGCUCAGCCGUCGGUCGGCGCGUAUCGGUCACAGCCCGGGAUCGCCAUCCUCGUCCCGCAUGCGCUGACACGUCUCCAGGUCCUACACGCAUCCCGUCGGGCGGCAGAGGGAACACUGACUGUGAGCACACACCGGAGACGCGCACAGGGGGAAGAUGUUGCUGAAGGAGUACAGGAUAUGCAUGCCCCUCACGGUGGAGGAGUACCGGAUCGGGCAGCUGUACAUGAUCAGCAAACACAGCCAUGAGCAGAGUGACCGAGGGGAAGGGGUGGAGGUCGUCCAGAACGAACCAUUCGAGGACCCGACGCACGGCCAAGGACAGUUCACAGAGAAGCGAGUCUACCUCAACAGUAAAUUGCCUAGCUGGGCUCGAGCAGUGGUCCCCAAAAUCUUCUACGUGACGGAGAAAGCGUGGAAUUACUACCCUUACACCAUAACAGAAUAUACCUGCUCAUUCCUGCCAAAGUUCUCCAUCCACAUAGAGACAAAAUAUGAGGACAAUAAAGGAUGCAAUGACAACAUCUUCGACACCGAGCUAAAGGAGCAGGAGAGGGAGGUGUGCUUCAUCGACAUCGCCUACGAUGAGAUCCCUGAGCGCUACUAUAAAGACUCUGAGGAUUUGCGAUACUUCAAGUCAGAGAAGACGUCGCGGGGAAGGCUUCAGGAGGGCUGGAGGGACAGCCAGGAUCCCAUCAUGUGCUCGUACAAACUGGUCACUGUCAAGUUUGAGGUGUGGGGUCUGCAGACACGAGUGGAGCAGUUCGUACACAAGGUGGUUCGGGAUGUGCUGCUGCUGGGACACAGACAGGCGUUUGCCUGGGUGGAUGAGUGGAUUGACAUGACAAUGGAUGAGGUGAGAGAGUUUGAGCGCACCAUCCAGGAGGCCACCAAUCAGAAGAUCGGGAUGUUCCCCCCAUCCAUCUCCAUCAGUGAGACGCCCCUGUCCUCCCGUGCCCUCAACGGCCCUGCCAGUGCCCCCUCCACACCUAUGUGCACUGAUGCGCCCGAGUCCCUCUCGGUCCCCAAGGACCGACCCCGCAAAAAGUCUGCUCCGGAAACCCUCACCCUUCCUGACCCUGUCCCUAGUGGCGUCCCCCAGGGCUCUACUUCGAGUCCACUACCUGUUUCAAACCACCUCCAGUCAUCCACACCGCCCUCCUCCAACUCUGAUCUUGCGGAGAUAGACGAACAGUAAAGGGACCCUAGGAUGUCAUACCAAUUGCUUAACUUAUUCCUACAACCCCAUUGUCUUAGUAUGAAUAUAGUCUAACCUCCAAAGACCAGUGCCCAGACAUUCAAGUUCAAUAUUCAAUGAUUUUUCAUAAUUCUGGAUAAGCAGCAGUCCCUCUAGAAGUCUAGUGUCAUUGAUACCAUUGAGGCAGCUGUAGGUUCAGCCAGUCUGACCUGGCUGAUUUCCUCUUGCUGUGAGACGAGUCAGCUACAUGUCUAUAGCUAAUAUAACAAUCGCCCGUAAUUUCUAAUCAAACAAAGAGCAUCCAUAAUUACUUUAGUCGAACAGCAGUUCCUUAUGUUAUAUGAGUAAAUUAUUCUCAUUGUUUCCUUUUAGUUAUGUUUACGAGCUGAUUGCUUUCAAGCUAUUGAACUAUGGUGUAGUUGCCUUAGCACCACAGAGCCAGUGGUGUUUAUUAGUUUGGACAGUAUGUUCAAAUGAAUGACAAUUAUUAUCCCAUUAGAAAUUAAAAUCCAUGACACAAAGUGGAGUAGCACAGUAGACCUAAUAUGUUUGACAAAUACACACCAGAAAGAAAUCCAAGUGCCCUCAUGAAAGUACCACCUAGAAACUGUGUCCUGAUCAGAUUGCCUCCAUUCUUUUCCAUCCCAAACUCCGAAUUUACAACAGAUGCAAGAUCAGUACAAUCACAGAGUUUACACCUCAGGUCUCCCUGACUCCACCUGGCUCACACCCCGAAGUCAGGGAUAUUACUGUACCUUUCUCUCCCUGUUUAUUGCCAAACAUUUUAUAUACCUCCACAGAUAUUACAACCAACUAGUGUAUGUACCAUACCGGUCUACUUAACCCUUAGAAUGUUUACACAUCAGAAACCUCGGAGCAUUGGCGUAUUAGCAGUAACUUUUAAGGUCAAGCUGUGGUUAAUCUGCACUUGGUUUCAGCAUGACAGUUAAAUUAUUAGCUAGUGGGGGUAAGGGUUAGUUUAUUGCUGCAUAUAUCUUACUCAAGUUGACUGAGAGGUCAGUAGAAAGAAAAAAAAAAACUUAGUUCAAAUGUUGCCUGAUAAUAAUGCUGGACAUCUCAUGUGACAUGAAUGUGAUCCAAUUUUAACAAAUCAGCAAAUCACCUUAAUGUCACAUGUAGGAACAAGGCCAUUUUGGGGAGUUAUUUGAAGCAGUGACAGAUCUUUGUUAACAGCGGCUGUAAUGAAAAGCCAAAGGUUGAUUUGACAGGGGGGGGGGGGGGGGGGGGCACAUGCGUCAAGCUGACUUGAGUGUGUGCUUUGGUAGCUGCAUAGCAUUUGCAGCAAUGCUGAUACUUUUGCUGGGCCAGCGCUGGUUGUGGGGGAUGCCAAGCCCGCGGAUUGGCGUGAGCAUGAAAUGAUAUUGGAACAGGAACAUCAUUGGCAGUGACCCAUCGUCUCUGCUGGGCUUGUACUUCCAUCUAGAACCCGAAUGGAGAAACAAAUACAUGGAGACAGAAAGUUAUUCUUUGGUGGAAAAAAACUUUUUUCGAUUCAAUGAUAUUAUUCAAAGAAAUGGGUUUUUAUAUGCUGCAUGGAAUGAUCACAUCAUAUAUACAUAUUAUGUGAAGUAUAUAUGUCUAUAUGGCUGAUGGGUACAGUACAUUUGGUAAUGCAACAGUAUGAAGAAAAAUGAAUGCUGGCUUUGGAAGCUCUGUACUUAUUUUGAGUGGAAUGUAAGCAUGUCCAGAGAAUAUGCUCUAGGCCGACAAACUCUUUCCAUUCAGUGCCUCUGCAUGCAACAAUUGCAUUGUCACCUCCAUAUGUGUAAACCAAAAUCUCUUAUGUUUCAGCUGUAGAAAACUUAAAUUUCACUGUAUUUCUUUGUGUGUUUUCUAACUCAAAUGUUGCAUUUAACCUCAAAUAAAAAACAAAAAACGGGCUAGAGCCCAACACACAGCUGAACUACAACGUAAUCAGAUCAGUCAUCUUAAAAUACACCAUCAGACGUUGAAGUAGCAGGGCUAACUUAUCACUUAUUUAGGAAAUUAGUCAUUUUUUCCCCCCCUGUUCAUGCCAAUUACUUCUAACUUGACAGCGCAAACGCAUUUUGCACUUUCCAGUCUUUGACACCUUAAAUGACAAUGAAGGAAUGUGUUACAUUACAGUUUUGUUGGGUUUGUUGGACCAAAGUCCAAUGAUACAACAUGGUGACUUCGAAGAGAGCAGGUCAAAGAGAGUGGCCUCAGCGGUCUUGCCAUAAAAUACUGUUAAUAUUGUGUACAGUUUCUCACUUGCUUUUGUUUAAAAAAAAAAAAGAAAGAAAGAAAAGAAAAUGGACUGUAGCUUUUGUCUUUGCCUUUUGAGGAUGCAAAUGUCACAUACCAGUUAAUGGCCCUCUGUUUUGAUCUAUGAUUUAUAGAUUAUUCAUAUGUAUGACUCUGGUGUUGACCAUCUCUCUUGUCAGGAACACAGAGAUCCAGGGAUAUGUUUGAUCUCCCAGGGGCUAUUGAAAACAAUGCAAAAUAUCCAGCUGUGUGACAUUGAACUCUGCUCUGUUUAAAAGAGUAACAUAUUGGGUAUUGUAAAUACUGUUGUUAAUGGCUGAGUAGGCUUCUUACUUUCUUACCUUUAAUCUGUUCAAAGUUGCAUUGCUGAUGUGAGAUGGAUGUGGUCAAAGGUUUCAACAGAGAGCUCUAUUAUUUACAGUAGUGUGACACCUUCACAGACAUGAAUUAAAGGUUUAUUUUUUAAUUUAGGAGUAGUGUGUCCGUAUCUAUGAAACCAUUGUCAUUAUUGAGGAAUUCUGAAUUCAGUGAAGAUUACUCUUCUCGACAAGUAUCCAGGCUCCUCAUUGUAGUGGUGAACUUUUGACUCCAGUUACUUUUUGGUUGUAAAACAAAAUGAAGUGUUUCUUUUCAGUGGGGUGGCAGCUUUGACAUUCACUUGCCAUAUUUAUUCAGAAGUGAUUGGCUAUUCUGUUGUUUCAUUUUUUUUGUAGUGAACCUGCUGUACUUUGAUUUUGUGGUUGUUGUAUUGUUUGAAGGAAAAUCUAAAUUAGUUUAUCUCUAUCUCUCUCUUUUUUUGUAUAAAAGGACCAAUCUCUUUACUCCUCCAUUUAAUGCUGUCUGCAUUCGGCCGGGCUGUUGUGCUGUCUUCUGAUAACUGGGACCUGUCUCACCAUCCAGGACCACUGAGUUAGCUUGAGAGCCUAUGUGCUUUUAGAUUAUGCGGCGCUCUGUAUUAAUCCUGCUUUGUGAAACAGCCUCCAGAAGUGCCGUUCUAGAUCGGCUGCUGGAAGUCGCUCUUAGUUCUUCCACUUUAACUAUUAUUGUGUUUGUUAUAUUUUUACUGCCCUUUUUUUGAGGUUCAUUUGAUUCUUUGUUGUAACUAUCGUUUUACUUUUUCUGAAAUAGACAAAUAAACUUUACUAGCAAUUGCAA